UAUUUACCCCAAUUGAUCAAAAUCAAGAACCCUAAUUUCAAUUUCAAUUUUUGAUGGCAUCAUCAUCUUCUUAUUCCUUCCCUGAUUUGUAUUCUUGGAUUGAAACCCUCCCUCCAAUCCCUCAAUGGAAGCCAAACUCUUCGAUCUUCACUUUCAAUCUUAGCCGUCCUUCUUCAUCAUCAUCAUCUUCUUCUUCUUCAAAACCCUCCAUAAAGGUCUCAAUUAGAAACCCUAAUCCUUCAUCUCUAACCCUUUCAAUUUAUGCAGACUACAGAUUCCCCAUCACUCUAUGGACAUCAAAAACCAUAACCCUAACCCUAAACCCCAGCCCGGACAAGCUAACCGAUCCCGGAAACAAAGCCUUCAUCGAAUCCCUUACAAACAACUUUGUCGAGGAUGUCCUAAACUAUGCAUCCAUUAAGUGCCCGUAUUCUCGGGCGAUCAAACUCCCUAAUGAGAAAGACAAGCUUAAAGAUGUCUUUAACUUUUGUUUUCUCACUCUUUCUUUCGUCGUAUGCAUUUAUGAAGCUCCCGGCGACUUGCGUGGGUCGUGUCUUAAUACACUUAAAGACCAAUUUGCUUCCCCUAAAGCUAGGGAUGCCUCUAGGGUUUUGAUUAGGGUUUUGGGGUCGAACACCGAAGAAAUUUGGAUGCGUUCUAUAAAUCUUGCGAUCACGAAUUGGAUCUUGGAGCUCAAAUCGACUUAUUUGUUGGAUAGGUCGUUGUCUCCGUUGUUUUCUCAUUCAUUGUCGACUUUAGGUGGAUUGUGGAAAGUUCAAGUGUAUUGUCCCAUUGUUGCUAUGUCUAUGGAAAGGUCGAAUAAUUCUUCGCUUGAUGAUCAUCUCGAGUUUUCUCUUAAUUUUCAUCAACUCGAAAGUGUGAUCCAAUUGAAUUAUAAGGUGGGAGUUCGAGAGAAAUGGAUAGAUGUCAUGGUGAACGUUGACAACAUAAGGUGUGAUGUUGUCAAGCUCCUAUCGGAUACUUUACUCUCGGAGCGCGGGGCCGGGACUUCCGAGAAACACUUUCCUUCCCGAAUCGCUCUGCAAAUCACUCCAACCCUAGAAUCCAACAUCAUCGCCGUUUCCGUGGGAAAAUCCUCCGACAAUCCCGCCAAAGAAAUCACCGUCGAGAAAGGAAUCGAAGCCUCCUUCGAGCCGCCGUCCACCGUCGGCCUCAAUUUCUCCACCGCCGAGAGCGCCUCCACCACCAUCAAGCCCUGGAAGUUCGAGCAGUCGGUUUUCGGCAACGCCGCCAAUCUCAACUGGUUCCUCCACGACAGCACCGACGGCCGGGAGGUCUUCUCGUCGCGGCCGUCGAGACUGGCGCUCAUAAACCACAAGGCCUGGUUCAAGCACCGCUACUCCAACGCCGGCCGGGCGUUCACCCGCCAGGGCGGCGUGGUGUUCGCCGGCGACGAGUACGGCGAGCGCGUCUGGUGGAAGGUGGAUAGAGCGUGCGUGGGCCGCACGAUGGAGUGGACCAUCAAGGGCUGGAUUUGGGCCACGUAUUGGCCCAAUAAGUACCGGAGUUCGUACAGUGAGACUCGGAAGUUGGAGUUCAGGGAAGUGCUGCACCUGAACCUGAACGGCAUCAAUUGAUGGUUGAAAUUUAAAAUCGUCCGGCGAAGACGGCAUUUCCUUCUGUACUCCGACGGAACUCCCUGCGUCUCUUUUCCAGAUGUAUGGUCUACUGUAUGUAAGUUCAAUUUAUCAUAUUCUUUGUGACAAGUGUCUACUGCUAUAGGCUUCCGCUUGUUAUCUACGUUAAGGGUUACACUGCGUCAAUCUUCAACUGCGUUUUCCUCAUGUAAAUAUACCUCUUGGGACUCUUGAAUGGGCCACAACUUAAGUAAAUAGUCAGUGCUGUAAAACUAGAAAUCCAAGUUCAUUUUUAUGCUAAUAAUAUUUAUAGUUUUGUGAUUUAGAGUGCUGUUGGUGGUUGAACAUUUUGCCAAUGCUUGGUUUCCGAUGAGCGGUGAACCUAAUUCUAUAGACUGUAGACUGCAGUUUAGUAUGCUUAAAAUUCGAGUGUGAGUUGCGGGCUUUGGAUAUAUAGCAUGUCAGUAUUUCUUUCAAGUGUAGGAAGAUGAGUUGUUACUUAUUUGUUUGUCAAAACGGUUACUAGUAAUCUACACUUCGGGUGUGUUAGUUCGUAGGAAUUUGUCAAAAUUUUAUUAUUCAUCCAAAAUUUUUUCUCAAAAAACAUCAAAUCAAACAUCUAUUUUUUAUUUUUUAUAUUAUACUAAAAAUCAAUUUUACAUUCAAACAUCACAUCAACACCUAUUUAUAUCACAUCAUACAAUUAUUCAAAUUCAAAAUAUUUACUAUUCAAAUUCCAACUCAAAAUCCAAACCUCCAAACAAGCACACCCUUAAUAUCUGAUGCAGCUUUUUAUCUUCCAUCAACAUGUGCCUCUGAAAACUCAAUACAAAAAAAUUCCUUUGAUAGAUGCUACUGCAAAUGUAAUACAAUGUGAACGCACUUAUAUUUUGUUCAUUUUCAUCACUGGGGAAAAAUUGCAAUGAAUUUCUCUUACAUUUUAUCUGGGUCUCUAUUUAUUCACUGCAUAUUGGAGCCUCGUGGUGUAAGAUUUUAUCCUGAGGUUUUGAUAUGCGAUCGCCGUGAGCUC